UUGGUGGCGGCAGACGAGGCGGUGGCCAAUAAGAAGUUUGCCGAUGCACAGGCCAUAAAAGACGACUGUGAAAAGGAGCUCGCCAAGGCAGUACCAGCUCUCAAUGCUGCCACAGACGCCCUCAACACCCUCAAACAAGAUGACAUACGCGUCGUCAAGGCCAUGAAGAACCCGCCCUCAGGAGUCAAGCUGGUAAUGGAAGCUGUGUGUGUAAUGCUGGACCUCAAGCCAGAGAGGAAGCCAGACCCUAAUGGCUCAGGAAAAAUGAUUGAGGACUAUUGGGCACCAUCUCAGAAGCUGUUGGGGGAUAUGAAGUUCCUCCAGAACCUGCUGCACUAUGACAAAGAAAACAUUCCCACAAAGAUUAUCACUCACGUCCGCAACGAGUUCUACUCUCACCCGGAUUUUGACCCAAAGAAGAUACGUAUGGUAUCAAUGGCUUGUGAGGGCCUCUGCCGAUGGGUGAGGGCCAUGGUUGUCUAUGAUCAAGUCAUAAAGAUUGUUGCCCCCAAGAAACAAGCUUUGGAGGCUGCCAACCAUGAACUGGCCCCCCAGAAUGAAAGGCUAGAGGAAAAGAGGAAGGAACUCAGAGAGCGGUGGGCGGACGAGAAAAUCCCCGACAUAUUCUGGUUUUCUGGGCUGUUCUUCCCCUACUCCUUCCUCACGGGCAUACGUCAGAACUAUGCCAGGAAACAUGCCAUACCCAUCGACAGGAUUGACUUCCUGUUUAAGGUAAUGGAAAAGGAGGUGGAAGAUAUCAUCCAGGAAUGUAUCAGACCCAACUUCGUGGAGUUGCCAGUGGUGAUCGAGCGGCUGCCCACGCCAAAUGUGCAGGGGCAGUACUACCCCCUCGACACUGACCUCGAAGACAACGAAUCGCUUCCUUACGAUAACGACUCCCCCCAGCUCAAGAAGGAGGGUGACCAGACGGUGAAAGUCCCAACUGAACAGCAGGAAAAGGAAGACAACGAGAAUGACUCACAGAGCCAAAGUCAUGAAUCUGAUGACGUCAUCUACCAGGUCAUCCCUCGCCAAGCACAGGGAGGCACCUACACAUGGGGCUUCCUCCUGGAAGGUGCACGCUGGGAUCGUGAACAACAUUGCUUGGCGGAGAUGUCAGCCAAGCAGCUACAUGACCAGUUACCUAUCAUCCUUUUCCAACCUGCUGCCCUCCCAGACAUGUCACACCAUGAGGGUGUGAGCUGUAAAUAUGAAGACCAGGCAGAAGAGAAAGGCAUGUACCACUGCCCUGUGUACCGCACCAGCGAGCGGAGUGGCACACUCUCCACCACAGGACAUUCCUCCAAUUAUAUCCUUGAUUUGAUCCUGCCUUCCUCCCUCCCAUGCCACCACUGGGUCAGUCGUGCAGCAGCAGCCCUUACCCAAUUAGAUGACUGAACCCCAUGUAUUUAUCAGCAAGUCAUCUUCAACUAACUGAAUGACUGAAGAUCAUUUGCAUACGUCACCCAACUGAAUGGUCUAUACUCUACUAUGAAUGAGCUGGAUGACUGAACUCCAUCUACAUGCCACCAUUUCUCAGUUGGAUAAGUGAACAUCAUCUUAAUUUGUAAUCACUCAGAAGGAUGAGAACUUCGUAACACAUUACUACCAUCCAGUUGGAAGCCAAACCAACAUCCACACCAUAUGACAACAGACUGGCUAACCUAAAGUAAACCAUAUCUUCUCCAACUAAA